GACUCAUUCGUUAGUUGAACGUGAACGUGUGAGGUGGUGCGCCAUUCGGUUCGGUCGCUUAACAGACGCCAGAAAUGUUUGUUUGUUUGCUUGAUUUUUUGUUUGUUUAGAUAUCGUGCGGUGAGCGUGAGAGUUUGGACUCUCCAAAUGGUGUGGUGUUGAUGCUUUGUGUUUAUGUGCGAGAGAGCGCCAAGAAAUCGGUGUACGCAGAGUGGGAGCAAACAGUCAUUUUGAUGGGGCAAAAGCGUUGGAGCUAUUAAACUGAAGGGUGGAAGGGCAGCAAAAGCGUUGGUGCAAACAUUUCUGAUCGGUUUUUGCAGCUAAGCAAGCGCACACUCAUAUGCACAUGCAUACAUACAUAGUUGGAAGGGAAAGAAAUACAUUUCUACCUACUCAACAGUGCAAAAUUCGACGCAUUCGCAAAUUUACUCCCGGCGCAGCGGUCAGUGCGUUAUUUCGUUUGUGUGUUGUUGCUAUGCAUUGCCUGCGUCAUAUAUGAACUUUCCGGUGACGCGAGUUCCCCUUUGCGAUUGCAUACACCAUCGUCGUCGUCGUCGUCGUCAUCGUGGUUGUGUUGGGUCGUUGGGUCGAUAUGUCGAUCGGUCUGCAAGUGGAACUACAACAUCUGCUCAAUUAAAUAAUUUAUAAAAGCAUAGCAAAAAAAAAGUGAAGCCGGCAAAGGCAACAACUACAACAAUCGCGAACAAUAGCAUUUGCGAAAAUUUAUCAACCACCAAGCAAGAAGAGGAGCAAAGCACAAAAAAAAAAAACAAUGUUGAGCAGCGAUUAUGCCCGAAAAAAAGCACAAAAAAGUCUCUAAGCAGCUGCAACAGCGGCAGUUUGAAAAUUUGUGAAUUGUAGCAGCAAUCGAUGCAGUAAUCGCAAAUAGUGGUGCUGCAAAAACAACAAUUACAACAAAAUCGCCUCCUAAGCGCAUCAUCAACGCUGAUUUCAGCACACCGCACAGCGUCGUUGUAAUCGCCGCUGGAAGCUGUGACGCUGACGUAAAUGCUGCUGCUGCUGCUGCCGCUCUAUGUGUGUUGCCUAGGCAGUCAGUGGGACAGUAAGCCCACUGUGUUCAGUGUAGUCUGGCGUUGUGCGCGAAAUUGUGAGGUCGUCUUUAGUGGGCGUGCGUGUGAAAUUGUUUUCUAAAUAAAAAAAUCUAAAAAAGGGAUUGCAGUAAUUGGUGUGAUUUUGGCAAAAUAAAAAAAAAUUAAUAAAACCGAAAAUACAGUGCCACGGAAAAAAUAUGAUUCCAAAAUUACUAAAAACACAUGAUGCAAACUAGUUUCCGCGAAAUUAAAAUCGUUCGAAAUUCGAAAUAUGUUAUACGAAAUAUAAAAUUACGAAAAAUAUCAAAAGUCAAAUAAAUUCUAUAGUGCGCUACUUGCAAGUUACACAUUAGCAAACGCAAUUUUUAAUAAACAUUCAUUGAAAAGUUGUGUAAACAGUGAUAUUACAUUUGGAGUUCUGCUAUGAAUUUCCUUCACAUUAUUUCUUUGUGUGUUACAUGGUGUCGCCAUUUUUUAAACAUUGAACUGCAUCCACAAUUGGUUCAAGGAGUCUUCAACAGAUUCGUGGAAACCGGUUGAAUAACUUCCAUACAACCUGCAACAGAUUUGGAAGUCUACAGAUGUUUGACUAUAAAAUCGAAAACGUCAUUAAGUGUGAUCCAAGUCUGCUGUAAAAUUUUCUCUCCUCUCUACUAACGCUUUUUGGGUGUGUACUUAGUAUGUAUGUAUGUACGGCAAUUUUCUAUGUAAAAAACAAAACACUAUUACAAAAUAAACAUAAAAACGAAUUCAAUUAGAAGAAAGAGAUUGAAAGCAAUAUUUAAACGCAAAACUACAUAGACAAUAUUAAUCUGAAGCAAGUGUGUCUGGUGUUAGAAAAGUGUAGCAUAAAAAUACUAAAAAUUGUUGGUUCAAGCAAAUAUUUGAACAAAUUUUAAUACAACUAAAAUACGGGGAAAAAAUUGUAUUUCGUGUAAAAUGGCAUUUGAAACAAAUAAUUCGUGCAAAACAAUGUAGUUCGCUCUAACAAAUUGUAAAGUGUCACCGAAAUUUUAGGAAAGAAAGUAAGCAGUUCCUUGCUGUAGCAACUUGAACAUCUAUGACAGCCCGCAAUGCAUUUUGACUGCUGAAAAUUUUUAAGAAAACACCAUCAUUAAACACCCUCUGUCACGUGCGUACAAUUUUGUAAUGUUCUAAACAAUUCUAAAACAAAAUACAUACAUAAAACAAAGUCAACAGCAAUUGUAACGACCUCAACAACAGGGGGAACCCAAGAACACAUUACAGUAAACGAAAAAUGCAAUAAUUCAAACAAUUCGAGGCAAACUUGUGGCCAUAGCGCCCUAGAAAACAAAGCAUCGGGCAACUACCAUCUUAAAAGCAUAGGCGUCAUUUGGUAACCCAGCCAACAAACAAUACACUCUGCUACAUAUAGCUGGCCUCUGCCUUUACAUUGUGGUUCAUUGUUUCGGCGCUGCUGCUGCUCAACCGAAUUUACUCCUCGCUAGCGCUCACCAAUCAAGCAACAAUCAAACAACUAAAACCAUACGACUGUCUGUCUCAGCGAUUGUUUGACUGACUAACUGACUGGCUGACUGGCCGGUGAGCCGGUUGUGUUGGUGGUUUUAUAGAAUAGUACAAUGUGUCGAUGAUGACGAUGACGAGCAGCAAGCGUGCUUGGAUUGACUGAGUCACUGUGGCCACGGCGGUGGGCAGGCAGGCAGGUAUUGGUUGGUUCAUUUCAUUGUGGUGCUCAGCUGACGCAGUCAUUCGACGACGACGUGGAGCUGUGUGGUUGUUGGUGUUUUUGGAGCACGAACACAGCACAGAGUGGAGCUUCGUACGUCGCUGGCGUUGACGUUGGCCGGCAGUUGCAUUCGACGCGCCAUUCGGAACGGGUUGUUAGACGGGCGGUAGUACCUACAUAAGCACCUAAAUAAGUACACCGUACGACGAGUGGAUAUGUACGUGAUUGGUGCGACGUAGAGAGUUGGGUUGCGCGCGUCGUUAAGGUCGUCAUCGAAUUGUAGUGCUUCUGGGCUGUAUAGAUCAUGCCAAAUACGGGCCGGCAGUUGACAGGCUAGCACAGUGCGCGAAUUAGAAUAGAACUGAGCGAGAACGUGUUGGCAAGUGUAAUGAAGCUGUAAAAAUUGAGUGCCAGCAAAAGAGUGAAUAAAAAUUUAUAUAAAAUAAUUCUGUAAAAAAAAUGUGAUUUUCAAGCAGCAAUUAAAAUAAUAAGAGUUUAAUAAUUUUUGCGAUUCUAACAAAAAAUCUCCAAGUGCGGACAGUAUACGAACUACAUACAUACAUAUAACAACCGUCAAAAAGUCUCGUGCGUGUACAACAUUCCGGUAGCAGCUCUGCACCAAACAAAAAAAAAAAAACAAAACAAAAAAAAAACAAGCAAAAAAAAGUGUGUCAGUGAGUGUACCCGUGUAUUUUGCGAUUUUCGCUCAUUUUGUGUAGCGCAGGCGUGCGCGCCCUUCCCCUUCGACGGCAGCUGUUUAAACAAAAAAGAACAAAAAAAACCCCUUUGUGUCUGUUUUUCGCAUUGUAUCGCUUUAAUUGUUGCCUAGCGAAAUGACUGAUUCCAUAAAAUUAUCCGAAAUGCAACGCAGUAGUAUCGAAUUCGAACGUCAACGACAUUUGGCCAACUGGUUUAUCAAGAGUAGCCCGCACAUGGCAACACCGCAAACAGCGUCCGCGACGACGACAACAACGACGGCAACGGCGACGGGCGCCAGCGUUGCACUAACAACAAGAACAACAACAACAGCAACAACAGCUGCAGCUAUUGGUGCAACAACAGAUAACACAACAGCUAGUAAUGCAACAAAAAAUACAACAACAUCGACAACAAAUCUUGGAGGGGGCCACCACACAAAUGGCAUGUCGUCUUCGGCAGCCAACUCGCACCACCAGCAACAGCAGCACUCGAGCGCCAAGCAUCACAACAGCUGUGGUGGCGGCGGUAGCGGCAAUCCACCGCCCGUCUUCUUCUUAGUCGCCAGCAAUGGCAAUUCAAAUGGCAAUAUUGUGAAUGGCAGCAAACACAGCAGCAAUGCGUCACCGGCUCCUACAGGUGUUGGUACGCCUCCCAAUGCGAUAAGCGCUGUCUCCGGCGGUCCCCUAGGCCAUUUCGCAGCCGUCGAGGGACGCAAACCCAAGCUGCGACGCUUCAAUUCGCACGACACCAGCGCAAAUAUGUUCUCAGUGGCGGACUUCGAGAAUGCACGGUUGGCGCGACGCAAUGAAAUCGAAAUGAAACAGCGUCUGGCACGGCGCAUGCGCAUGAGUGCCACUGGCGGAUACGGCUGUGCGGCUGGCGGUAUGGGCGCGAGCUUGAUUGGUGGCAGUGGCUGUGGGCUGGGUGCCAGUGGUAAUGGCAUGGGUGUGGGUACGGGGGGCGGUAACAGCAUGUGUGGCGGUGGUGACUACUCCACCGGCGAUAGCAAGGCGUCCAAAUAUAGCAAUGAGUCUCAACACGAGCCAUUGCCAGCGGAUAUUUUCCUCGAUCGCUACUCGUUGCCACGCGUUGUACGAAUUUCGUAUAAAACGAAAUUCUCCGACGAAACAUUGCAAUCGUCCUCCUCGAAUGGCUCAUCCACAGCCACGACGAAUACCACAGGCACCAGCGCCAGCGUUUCGAAUUCGUCGGUGAGCGCUUGUGGUCUAACGGUGGCUAUUAACACCGGCACGUCCUCAUCGACGGCCUCCUCAAGCGGUAAUGUGAAUGCGCACAGCUCGGGUGCUACGAACACGAGCAGCAGCGGUGGUGGCGGUGGCGGUGGCGGUGGUGGUGGCAGUGGCGGUAGUGCGGAUAGAGUAGGCUCCAAACAGCACUCAACGCCACACAAUACAACACCUCCAGCCACAACAACUCAGUCAAACACAACAAUUAAUGGUAAUAGCAAUACGGAUGUGGAGAAUCGCGAAGAUCAUGGUGAAUUAUUUCUACUCUAUCGGCUAAUACGACAACGCCAUAUAUUUCAUGGGCAUAAUGCCAAGACUGCUGCAGCAAGUCGCAAGAAAGGUGUGCUUAUACCGCAAGAGUUUCCAGGCUACUUUUCUCUGCUCAAUGACAAGGGCACAGCAACGGCGACCCUCUACACUUCCUUAAUACAGCUCGUACGCGAACGUGUAUACAAAUUCGUUUCAGUCGACAAUAUGCCCGCCUUUACCGAGUCCCAGCCCAACGUCAAUAACCCACCCGCUGAAAGUUGUCUACCCAUGUACACCCAACCACCGCCACCACCGACCAACAAUCGACCACAAUAUGUGAAGACUACGGCACGGGGUGGUCAAGUAUUCCGACUGCUAGCCGUUUUCGAGGAUGGCAAGCAAGACCACUCCAAUACGAUCGGUUGUACCGGUAGUGUGACCGCAAAAUCGAAUAACAAUCAUGGCCGUGAAAAGGAAAAGGGCCGCUAUGCACAGCUGUUGAACGAGAACCGGCAGGUGUUGUACGUUUCGCUCUCCACAAAGGGCAAAUUCUAUGAAAUCGAGCCAGGCAUACCACAAAUAUUACAAAAGCUUGGCGGCAUCGGAAACGAGGCGAAUAAAAAGGCCAAUCCGGAUUGCGUACAUCGCAUAACGGCGUUGAUAACGCCACAGCGCGAAUUGCCGCUGACACUGCGCUACAUUUCCGGUCCACAUGGCUGCAAUAGCGCGAUACCCGAAAAUGUGUGCAUCACACACAUAACCACCGAAAAUGUGGUGAUCGCCUGUCCCAUUGAGGAUGUGGAGGUGCAGAGUCCACUGCACUUACGCAAGCUGCAUCUGUCCAAAGAGAUGAAUUUGUUGAAGAGCUCACUUGGUUUCGAAAGCGAACAACGCAUGCUCGCCAAUCCCAAUGUGCAAAAUAUACUCAAAUUUUGUCAAUUCAAUUGUGAUCAGUUCUUAAAGAUGGUUGAAGUGGAAAUAUUGCACCGUCCGGAGCGCUCGGGUUCCAAGAGCCGUGGCGAAGGUUUGAAAAUCCUCAAGCCACUGCAUUUGCCUAAGCUGUUGCGACGAGAGAAGACCACAAUUCCGGCGCAUGAGAAGGAAGACUCAAUUAUAUUUCUUAGCAAAUCCGACCUCGCCAAUCUGGAGGCGAAGGAAGCUGCAGCGCAGGCAGCUUUCGAAAGCGCGGCGAGCAGUGCAAACCGCAUUACCGAGAAAAUGAAAGUUUUCCAGUCGACAAAGAAAAAGUGGUUCCGCAAGCAAGACAAGCACGCUGCGCACACGUUGACCUCCUACGAAUUGGACGUGCAAGCGAAGCGCAUGAGCAUGGAGCGCUAUUCGGAUAUGUCAAAGCUGUUGCAGGAACGUUUCGGUGACAAGCCAAAUGCGCAAACUCAUGAUGCGCAUGAAUCUGUUUCCGAACCAAGUGGUGGCGCUUCGGAUAUCGGCUGCUCAGAUACGGAGACCACCACAUUGGCAACCAUUGAUGAGAAACUGAGAAAGGUAGAGACGAGUGGCAAUAAAAUGAUAACAAAGUCAAUGUCGCUGCAGGAUAUCGAGCUCAUUAGCGGCGGCGCUGCGGCACGCAAGCCCGACUUGCUGCCAAACGAUACCAUCUCCGAAGCGGGCACCGACCUGGAGGACCUUGAUAACCAGGACCUGAUACCACAGUCAUUUAUAACUGAGAAGCUAUAUAAUGAGUUCCACGUCAAAACGCGCCAGUACAGCAAAUCCUCCUCGAGCCUGCAUCAACUGCUGAACUUUUCGUUGCCACAAAAGAUGCAGCUACAUGACAACAAACGCUCGAUGGCGCAGCUAAAGCACAAUGGCAGUAGUAGCGUAGCUGGAAAGCCAGCAGCCGUCGCUGACAGGCGUCUGGACUUCAACAUUGGCGAGCCGGUGACAGGCAGACGCGCUGCCGGUGGACUUUCACUACUCGCUGGUAACGCUGGCGUUGCCAACAGUCUUGGCAUUUUGGGCCACCAUUCGGCGCUCGCCUCACCGCUCACACCCACCAGCCUGAUCGAUGAUCUGCCCUAUUCAAGCGUGCGCGAUUCGCUGGUGCUCUCGAGCGACGAAUCAGCAUCGGACAAUCCAACAGGCAACAUCUGUCAGGCGCUCAAUAUGAUCGACUACAACAAAGAGAAUAUCUAUGCGGAAAUUUGUCACGACAAUAUUAGUCAUCACGCGGCGGGCAUAACAUCAGUCUCAGCAGCAGCGACCGCUGGCACCACCGUCUCGGCCAUGGGUGGCAUUUGCAGUUCAACUACACGUGACACCUUCUCCGGCGAUACACAUUCCACGCAGAUUUCCGACGACUACGGCGACUAUGCCUCGCUCACAUACACAGCGAUUGAGCGUACUGCUCAACCGAAUAGUAUCCAAACCAGCGGCAGCGCUCUGAGUAAGUCAACAAGUGGACAAACUGUUGUCAACGCUUCGGCACCCACCGCCUUGGCGAUUAGUCGGGUACAAGUCAAUUGCAACUCUGUCAGUCCAGUGAGCUAUCACACCGUUUAUUUGGGCGACGAGCCGCUUGGCAACGAAAAACAACGUGAACGUGGCAAGCGUCACAGCAAGGCGGGCAGUAGCAAGAGUCGCGAGCAUGUCACUACAGUGGCGCUGGAGGGUAACACACCGACAGCCUAUGAACCGCACAAUGCCAGCGGCAAUAUUGGGGCUACAGCUGCUAGCAUCGCCAACGAACUGGAGGAGGUGGCCGAUAACAUUUACAAUACAUUGAAAUGAUGACUAAUGUGAUUUAGUUGGAAAUUGGGUGCAACGGUGUUGAGUAUGGUGAGCAGCGGCAAGGGGUUCUACUGAAUCAAUGCGGCCGCUGACGAGCAUUGCUCAGCAAGUGUGCUCAGCUAGGGGUGCACCAAAAGGAGUGAUUGAAUUUAAUUUACUAUUACAUAAGUAAGAUUCGAACUGCUCGAAAGAGGAAACAGCAUUGUGAUGUUUAGGGCUUUCUAAAUGACAUGAAAGGUGCGUUUGAAAGGUACUUUUGAUACAGUUAAAAUAAUAGCUCAUAAAUAUGGCUUUACUUAAAUGUUGUUGGUAAAGAGUUAAUUCUUGUACUGUCUGGUGUCUAAUAGGAUAAUAUAAUUUUUAAUAUUUGUGUGUCUUGAGAAAGUUAUUUACUUCAAAAAGUCAUUUUGUCGAAGGUCGCAAAUCGAAAUUUGUUUGAAAACUAUUUUAAAUUGUUUUGGACUCAUAUAUCAAAAAGUUUUCAGAAAUCUUUCCAGAACCGACAAGCAUUUUUGCCUGAGAGCUCAUCUCUGCUCCGGCUUCAGGUCUCAAAAAAUGUAUAUCUUUAUAGCAAUACCGCUUCUAGGUAGAAUUCUAUAUAGCUUUGUAUGCCGUUGGAAAAUGCCCACUUAAAAGCUUAAAGCUAAAAAAUAUCCGGCUCGCAUGCAUAGGUGCACUUCAUAGCCACCUGUGUCGAGCUUUUUAAUUUUAAACUUUCUAUAUAUGUACACAGUGCAAGGUGGAAAGCUCUGUGAGUCCAACCGGGAACCGCAGCGUCUUUGCCAAUAUACUAUUAAUGAGUGCCACUUUUCGAAAGCCCUUUAAGCUUUAAGCACAAGUUUCAAAGUGUUCUCAUUUGAUCAAGGGCAAAAGGUCGCUGGAAGGAUUUCUGAAUUUCACACAUAAUCACUGUUAUUCAACACUCUUUGUUUAAAACAGUAUUUCAAUUUAAAAAAUCAUUUCAAAAAGCCACAGCACGAGUAAAAUAUAACUUUACAAUAAACUCUCAAAAGCAUACAACUCAUAGAGGGCAUAAACGCCAAUCAAAAUGAAUCGCGCAAAUUAGUAUUAAAACAAAAUUUAAUGAAAUAUUCAUGCAAAUAGUAUUAAGCUUACUUCAGUAUAAGCAACAAAAAGGCAUUUGAGUAAAUUAGAAACAAAAAUUAAAAGGCAUUACUAAAUAUUAGUAUUUCAAAAAUUAGCAAUUAAAAAUUUACGUAUACAUGCAAAAAUAAGAUUUCACUAAGAAUAUACUCAUACAACUCACUCACUUGCAUUUUAAACGAUUAAUCGAUCUACGCAACAGUUUUUUAAGCAGUCAUAAUAAAAUAAACCGGCUAUCAUAUUUGUUGUAAGUCGUCGAAUCACUAAGUUGUGUAUUCGUCAAUAUAUCUCAGUAUCUCAGCUAAAACGAUUAAUCGAUUAAUCUAAGAAAACCGAUUAACAUAUCUCACACUCACAAUUAGGUCAGUUAAUCGACUUAAAUUAAUACAUAAAUCAAUUGAAAUUUUACAGGCUCAUUGGUACAGAUAUUAGAAAAACAAAAGCACAGCAAUCAACUUCACCUGCAAAAAAAAAAACAAAUAUUUGUAAAUAAAUACAUACAAAAAUAAUUCACUAAUUUGUAGCAGCACAAAAAAUGUAUCAAGAACAAAAACCAUUAAUCACAAUUCACUUCAUCCACUAAAUAAUACGAGCAUCAACCAGACAAUUUAUGAAUACUUUGCACAAAACUAUAAUUUUUCGAAAUUCAAAAAUCUGCAAUCAACACAAUUUUCGCUGACCUGUAAUGAAAAAUUAACAGUUUGCUUAAGUUAGUCAAGAAAGUAUAAAAGCCUGAUUUAACCAGAAAGGUAAGUGAGCUUUUUUAUUUUCUGUAGUAAUAGCCAGGGGGAGUAGUUUUUGAGAGUAUAAUUUUGGAACUUUAGUAUUUGAUUGAAAGCUUGGUUUCUUGUGAAAUCUUUCAAAAAGAGCUUGGGCAAGGCUUUAAGAAGCUGUACGUAAUCACUAUCUUAUAUUUAAAAACUAUGGAUUUGGGUGAAAGCUUGUUUUCUGGUGAAAGCUGUAAAUAAAUGUGUUUAGCGAUGAAAGCAUUCGGAAAUCGCGUAAAGCUUUCCGCAGCUUUUAAACACGUUUUGACAAUUUUAAUGAACUUUCAUUCAUUUCGAUAAAUUUUCUGCUACCUUGAACUUAAAAAAUUCGUAAGCUUGAAUUCUUUGGAGUGUGUCAAUGCGCUUCCAAUGCCUAAUUCUAGUUUUCAUGCAUUUUUAGACUCUUUUCGAAUUUAAGCACUCACUUGAUUUCAUAUUUUUGUAAGCCCUGGGCUUUAGUAAAAUCUGCUCAUAUACCAAUCACGACGAAAAGCUCUCUCUGGUCGUUGCUUACUUUCAGAAACUGAAUAUCAUUUGAAAUGACAGAUUUUUUGUGAAAGCUUUUAAUUUUGUGAAAGCUGCAUAUCAUACGAGCGUAUGUUUACGCCAAGGCUUCCAGUAAUAGUUGAAAAAGUCAUUCACCCCUAUUGCGAGUGUUGACUAGUAGUAGAUAAACGACUGUUAGUCGAUUAUCGAUUAUGUAUGGUAUUUUUAAACUCGUUUUCUCGUUCAAUAAGUGCGUGUGAAUAGUUUAUAGUCGCUUAUAUAUAUUAAGCUUUCUAUACAUUUUGUAUAGUCACGUGCAGAGUAAAAGCUCUCUGCCCAUCGCUGAUUUUAAGGUUUUGUGUUUAGGUUAGAGCUUUCCAAAGGCUUUCUACUUUUCAAGUGCUUUUAGGCUCAGUACAACCGAAAUUUCUGAUUUGUCUUUUUGUGUGGUGAAAUAAUGUUUUCAUUGAGUGAAUUUUAUUUCAGAAAUUCUAAUACUAAAUAUUCAAAAAAUAAAAUAUAAAAAAAUACGUAUUUUCAACUGUAGAACCAUUACAGGGCAGCGAACAACAGAUAAUCUUUGGAAUUUUAAAAAUCGUCUAAGAUCGAGUACUAUA